AUGCCGUGGCGCUAUCCACACAAGCUCCCCAAGCACUACAGACCAGAGCGCGUGUUCCAGCGUAGGGGCGGCUGGUGCCUUUCUGACAUGCCUCAGGUCCCCCGAGCGGCUGUGCUGGAGGCAGGAGUGACAUCCUCUGAAUCCCUGUCACCGUGCCAGGCCCACUGCAUCGCCGUGCCUCCACCUGAAGGACAAGACAAAGACGACUUUGAAACACUGCUGCGGAGAGAAUACUUUUACAAGCCAUUUCAGAAUGACAGCUGUUCCAGUACUGCAGGUGCUGGUCGACAAUUUCAGAACGGGAAGAUGAAAGCUGAACAAGCUAAGAAAGUUGAAUUCAUAAGAACUGCAGAAAAGCUAAAAACUCAGCUUGCACAUAUAGAAAAAGACAAAAAGGGACAUCUUGGGGUUUUAUUUGGGAGGAGGUGUCAUCUGCACAGGCAGUGUUCUCCAAACUCUGGUUACCUGAUAAAAGAAGCUAAAAUCCUGCAGCAGCUAUCGAAAAUACAAAAUAAUGUGAAGAGACUUCAGCAACAAUUAAAAGGUGUGAAGCCUACACCAGAAUUUGUUCACAAGCUCAAGGAAAUGAUGGAAGAAGUUGAAAAUGCAAUCAAUGCUUUUAAGGAGGAACAGAGGCAAAUAUAUGAACAGCUUUUGAAGGAGGAGAAAACUGCCAUUAAUGAGCUCAGUGUCUUUGAGAGAAAAGUGGAACUGUGGGCAUUAGGCAGCUCAACAACAGAAAAAGUUUUGAAAUUACCAUCAGCCAGGGUCUCAGUUGAUAAAACACUGGAAAAUCAUCUACCUGAAGAAGUAGUAGAGUUUGAAAGAUUUCUUCAGCGAACAGGAGGGCGGCAAGGAGGCUGGGAUGAUUAUGAUCAUCAAAAUUUUCUGAAAGUGUGGACAAAACACAAAGGAAGGCUAUCCUACAUGGAUGAAGCCCUUGAGUAUCUCUGUGGAAGAACAAAAGAAGACAUUGAACAGCACGACAAAUGGUAUCAAGAAUUUCUGAUUUUACACAAAAGAAAGAGAGAGUCAAUUAAGAAGUGGAAAGAAAAGCAGCAGCAAGAAAAAGAAAGAAAUUUGAAGAAGAAAGAGAAAUCAGAAAAAAUGCUCAAGGAAGAAUGGCUACAGCGUGAAGAAGCUCAGAAGCAAAAAGCGGAAGAAGAAAGAAAAAGACAAGAAGCAGCAGUUGAAGCAUGGAAGAAACAGAAGGCAAUAGCAUUUGCAAUGGAACAAGCAUCGCAACUAAAACUAGAAGAAGAGAAGGAGAAAAAGCAACAAAAAGAACGCCAGCGCCAAUGCCACAUGAAGUUACUGUUGGAAAGAUAUACCUUGCAGAAGAAAGAAAAGGAGGAACUUGAAAAGCUUGAAAAGGAGAAGAGAGAGGAAGCUGAAAAGGAGGAAAGGAAGAGAAUUGCUGCACAAGAAAUUACUAAGUUUCAAGAGCGUGUGCGUAAUUACAUCUCCAUUUAUGCAUGUUGUUUUAAAUUCACCUACUUCCUCCUAUAA